GUGCGUGCCUGCCUGCAACUCAGUGCUGUGGGUCAGAGUUGUGUGCCUCUAGAUAGGGUGGAGUGGUGCAAUAACCGGUCAGUCUGUCUAUGGGGAGUACUUUCUGCUGCAGUACUCCGCACUCUCAGGUCUUUCAUGUGCUAAUAGCGAGUUAAUGCCCUGAGCUCUGACUUACUAGCACCAUGGCAGCCAACGAGGACCAAGAGAUGGAGCUGGAAGCCUUACAGUCCAUUUAUGAAGGAGAUGAAUGUUUUAAGGAGCUUGGGCCUACAGUUUUUCAAUACAGAGUUGGUGAUAAUGGAGAUUCUAAAGCUUUUCUUAUUGAAAUAUCCUGGCCAGAAACCUAUCCAGAAACAGCUCCAACUAUAUCUAUGAAUGCAUUUUUUAAUAAUCAGAUCUCCCCAGCCAUUAAACAAAGCAUAUUAAAUAAGUUUCGUGAGCAAGCAGAAGCCAAUCUAGGCACAGCGAUGACAUACACUUUGUUUGAAUAUGCCAAAGACAACAAAGAAGAGCUAAUGGAAAACCACCAGCCUUUCAGCAAUGCAGUUACAUUAAUUGGAAAUGAUAGCACAGUAGAACCAGCGAGUGCUAUACCUCAGAAGAAAAAAGACAAAAAAGAGCAGUUGACGAAAUCUCAAAAGCGGAAACUUGCAGACAAAACAGAUCAUAAGGGCGAGCUCCCUCGUGGGUGGAACUGGGUUGACGUAAUAAAGUCAUGUGACUGUUUAUGGAUGUCCAGCAUCUCUCUAAAACAGGCUUCAAAGAUGAUGAGGAGUAGAAAAUGAAAUCUUUUAAUAUGUGACACCAGAACUACAAUUUAUCGUCUAGAAUAUUGUCUUAAUUUACUGCAGUAAUUUAUUAAAAAGGUCAAAUUUACAUUUUAUAAAAUAAAUGCCACUUUUAUAGGUUUCUAUCCUAUUUAAUAAAAAGUGCUGUUACUGUA